GAUAGGGCUUAUGAGGCACGGCCAACUCUUGGUAGAGAAAUCUCCAGGUCAGCUGAUGGCUUUUCACCAAUCCACCAACCUUGAAGAAAUCUUCUUAGAUGUUUGUAAAAAACAAGAUGGUCUUCAAGAUGCUAUUGAUUUACGAGAUAAAAUUUUGCAAGAAAAGAAAAAAAGUUCAAAAGCAUCAUAUAGGCUGUUCCCUGACAACAAUUGGUUUGAUACAUACCGAUUCAUGGCGUUAUUAAAUAAAAAUGUUUUAUGGUUGAGGCGAAAUAAGUUAGCAGCCAGUGGAACCGCAAUCCUGCCUCUAAUUAUAGUUUUUUUGUACGGAAUGGUGAUGGGAAAGGACCCCAAGAGUCUAAAGAUUGCACUACUUUCUCAAGAAAUUUCAUAUGAUGGUGAUCUUGGAAUUUGUAAUGGUUUACCCGACAGCUACUUUGAAACACUUAAUUGUACAUUACCAAGCCUCUUCACCUGCCCGUUCAUAGAUGAACUACAUAAAAGGGAUAUAAAUAUUGUUCUUUAUAAAGACUACAGUUACAUAGCCAGGGAUAUAGCCAGCAAUAAAGUGUGGGGCUCCAUCGAAGUGCCCCAAAAUUUUACUACCGCUCUCAUAAAUAGAAUAGAAAACGGGUUACGGACUGAAGAUAAAAUAGUCGAAGAUGGGAUACUAACAAGUAGAAUUGAUGGAACAAAUGCAAUAAUAAAAAUCAUUUUGACCAAUCACCUUAAGGAAAGCGUGGAACGUUUUUACAAUAAUCUUCUCCUUUCUUGUGGCAUGUCAGAAAAGGCUAGGAUAAUACCAAUGCAGGUAAUGUUAAUUUAUCUAUGUCUAAAAAAAUGA